AUGCCCAGAGUCGUCGCCCCAGCGUCCCAAACAGAAACUUCGACACCCGAAGACAGGAGACUCGAAGUCAUCUACAGUUCCGUUGUAUUCUUGAUCGUCGCCUUUGCGUUUUGGACAUUUCCUGUUGUUCGCGUCGUAAUCAAUCCUCUAAAGCUAUUCGUGAUUGGGUGGCAUGAGUUUUGUCAUAUUGCAGUUGCCAUAUUGACAGGAGGAACGAUCCUCUCCAUCUCCAUCGAUCCCAAUCUCGGAGGCGCAUGCGAGAUUGAGGGCGGCUGGGCGCCUGCGAUUCUCUCUGCAGGUUAUUUCGGGUCUCUUGGAUUCGGUGGGGCUCUCAUCCUCGGGGGUUGGGACAUCCUAGUGGCAAAGAUUUUAAGCUUUUUCAUCGCUUUUGGACUCUUGAUGCCACUUUCCCUCGUUCGCGACAAAAUUACAAUCAUCCUCACAAUCAUUUAUGAAGCCCUGUUGAUUGCAUUUUGGUUCAUUGACCACGGCAAUGCGCUUCGAUGGUAUUGUCUCCUCCUCGGCAUCUUGACUGUCUUGUAUCCAUUCUGGGAUCUCAUCGAUGAACGUUUCAAGAAAAAGCAAAACACGAGCGAUAUUACACAGUACGCCGUCCUGUUUGAAGGCACACCGCGCGUGAUGUGGAUCUGGAUCUGGUGCUUCCUCUCCACGGCUACCCUCGUCGGUUUCUGCGCGAUUGGUUACACAAAGUUUGACCUCAACUCUGACCAAAUGUAUGCCCAAGGAAAUUCGUUUUUGCCCACAUAG